GGUGAUCGGAGGUGGUGAGGGAGGGAGCAGCGGCGUGCGGAGCGGAGACAGGUGUUGCUGGUGUUUGCGCAUCGCCCGUGAGAUCGUGUCAGCAGGAUGGGAAACGAGUUGAUACCUCCACGUCUUCCCUCCGCAGUUUCCCAUGCAUUCUGCAGUUUAGCUCUUCCAAACGGGGAAUUUGAUUAAAUACGCUUAAGACCAACAGAGAGCCGCCAUGGUGCACCACUCGGGCUCAAUACAGUCCUUCAAGCAGCAGAAAGGCAUGCACACCAGCAUCAGCGAGAUCCUGAAGGAGAAGAGCCUGAAACCAUCUCGCCGCAGCCUGCCCUGCCUGGCUCAGAGUCAGACUCAUCCCAUCAACCUCAACCACUUCCUGUCUGUGCCUUUGAGCCCAGAUCCCAAACCAGAAGUUGAGGAUCUGAGUCAGAGCAUCAGCACAUCCUGCAGCCUUCUGCCACCACAGACAGCAGAAGAUGUCAAAGACAGCUACGUGGAAGAGACCGAAGUGAGCACAUGUGAAACAAGAGCAGACCCAACAUUUCUUCUGCAAAAGCCUGUCAGCCGGGCUAAAUUGGGGACGCGUGCAAACUCUCUUCAGGGAAAAAAACAAUCAGACUCUUCUGGACUGUUUUUCCGAGAUGGAAAAAAGAGAAUCGAUUACAUUUUGGUUUAUAAGAAGUCCAGCCCGCAGGUGGAGAAAAGGUGCACGUUUGAGAAGAAUUUACGCGCUGAGGGCCUCAUGCUGGAGAAGGAGCCAUCUUUGACGAACAACGACAUCAUGUUUGUGAAGGUCCACGCUACCUGGGAUACACUCUGCAAAUAUGCAGAGCAGAUGAACAUCCGCAUGCCUUUCAGAAAAAAAUGCUACUUCACUGACUGGAAGAGCAAAACCCUGGGCAGCAGGUUUCAUCUGAGGUGUCAGCAGAUAAAAAGCUGGCUUCCCAGAAAUCCCAUGAAGCUGGACAAAGAGGCCCUGCCCGACCUGGAGGAGACUGACUGCUACACGGCUCCCUUCAGCAGAGCACGCAUGCAUCAUUUCAUCAUCAACAACAGAGAGACGUUCUUCUCAAACUCCACCAGGAGCAGAAUAGUUCAUCAUGUUCUGCAGCGCACCAAGUACGAAGACGGAAAAUCAAAGAUGGGCAUCAACCGCUUACUGGGCAACAACACUUACGAGGCGGCAUUUCCUCCACAUGAGGGCGGUUACAAGAGCAGACAUCCAAUUAAAACGCAUGGUGCCCAGAACCACAGGCAUCUUCUGUAUGAGCGCUGGGCCCGCUGGGGGAUCUGGUACAAAUAUCAGCCUCUGGACCUCAUCAGGCGGUACUUUGGAGAGAAGAUUGGCCUAUAUUUUGCGUGGCUGGGCUGGUACACUGGCAUGUUAAUCCCUGCAGCCCUCGUUGGUGUUUUUGUCUUCCUGUAUGGACUUUUCACCAUGGACUCAAGUCAAGUGAGUAAGGAGAUUUGUGAAGACAACACAACCAUCAUGUGUCCCAUGUGUGAGGAAACCUGCAAGCCUUGGACGCUGAGUGACAGCUGCGUCUUUGCAAAGGUAACACGUCUGUUUGACAACGGCGGCACUGUGUUCUUUGCUAUCUUCAUGGCUAUUUGGGCAACCGUGUUCCUGGAGUUUUGGAAAAGGAGGAGGGCAGAACUGACGUACGACUGGGAUCUCAUCGACUGGGAAGAGGAGGAGGAGGAGCUGAGGCCUCAGUUUGAGGCCAAAUACUCCAGAGUGGAGAGAGUUAACCCCAUUUCUGGAAAGCCGGAGCCCUUCCAGCCCUUCUCAGACAAACUCAGUCGACUCAUGGUGUCUGUGUCUGGAAUAUUCUUCAUGAUUUCCCUCGUUCUGACGGCGGUGUUUGCUGUCGUGGUUUUCCGUCUCAUUGCAAUGGAGAAGUUUGCCUCCUUCAACUGGGACUUUAUCCAGAAGAACUGGCAGUUUGCCACGUCUGGCACUGGCGUCUGCAUCAACUUUAUGAUAAUCAUGUCUCUCAAUGUGGUUUAUGAAAAGGUGGCCUACCUGUUGACUAAUCUAGAGCACCCGCGCACAGAGUCUGAAUGGGAGAACAGUUUUGCUCUGAAGAUGUUCCUCUUCCAGUUUGUGAAUUUGAACAGCUCCACAUUUUACAUCGCCUUCUUUCUUGGAAGGUUUGCUGGCAGGCCUGGUAACUACAAUAAGCUCUUUAAUCGAUGGAGGCUGGAGGAGUGUCACCCCAGCGGCUGUUUGAUUGAUCUGUGUCUGCAAAUGGGAGUCAUCAUGUUCUUCAAACAAAUCUGGAACAACUUCAUGGAGCUUGGAUAUCCCUUGCUGCAGAACUGGUGGUCUCGCAGGAAGAUGAAGAAAGGAGGCAGUGGAGGCCAAAAUGUGGAGAACAAAACCCAGCUGCCACAGUGGGACAAAGACUGGAAUCUGCAGCCAAUGAAUGCACACGGACUGGUGGAUGAAUAUCUGGAAAUGGUCCUCCAGUUUGGCUUUACCACCAUUUUUGUAGCAGCUUUUCCUCUGGCUCCCCUUCUUGCUCUGCUUAACAACAUAAUCGAGAUUCGUCUGGAUGCCUACAAGUUCGUCACUCAGUGGAGGAGGCCCAUGCCAGCACGAGCAACAGAUAUAGGUAUCUGGCAUGGGAUCCUGGAAGGUAUCGGUGUUCUGGCAGUCAUCACCAAUGCCUUCGUCAUCGCUAUAACCUCAGACUACAUCCCCCGCUUUGUUUACGCCUUCAAAUACGGCCCCUGUGUGGACAAGGGGCCACACCAUACAGAUGAGUGCCUGCAAGGCUACAUGAACAGUAGCCUGUCUGUGUUUGACAUGUGGGAGCUGAAGAACAGCAGCCAGUUCAGAUACUGCAGAUACCGAGAUUACAGAGCGCCGCCCUGGAGCUUAGCGCCCUACGAGUUCACCCUACAGUUCUGGCAUGUGUUGGCAGCCAGACUGGCAUUCAUCAUCGUCUUUGAGCACCUGGUGUUCGGCAUAAAGUCCUUCAUAGCGUACCUCAUUCCUGACAUCCCAAAGGAUCUGUGUGAUCGCAUGAGGAGGGAGAAGUACCUGAUGCAGGAGAUGAUGUAUGAGGCAGAACUGGAGCAUCUCCAGAAAGAGCGAAAGAAAAACGGAAGGCGUUAUCACCACGAGUGGCCUUAGCCUUAGCUCCACCCACAUGUCCACAAUCAGCUCAGUCCACCCAUCACUCAGCCCUCAACUCACAGACACCCCCCCCCAGCUUAUUUAUGUAUUUCAGCUUUGAGAGUCUAGCUUUGCGCUGCUGAUAGAUUCUUUACACCAAAGACGUCCUGCUGAGAUCCUCUCCCUGAACUGUUUAUAGAGAGCUUCAACUCCUCUAAUCCUCGUUGUGUCUUCACCCUCAAUUCUUCACCCAGCUCCAUCCAGCCAGUUGCCCUUGGAUCUGUGCCCUGUCAUGGCUUCAGUGGGAAAACCUUUGCAAUUGAAAUGUUUACUAUGCAGAUCAAGGGCUGCAGAUCACCCUUGCUUACUCUCAGCCCUGAGCCCUGCAGCCUCUCUCUGUGUGGCAGCUAGCACAUUGCUUCGACUCUGCAUGGCAGCGUGUUUCCUUCUCUAUAUCGUCGCCUUCAGCAGAGAUACCUGUGUGUGGCACUUAAUAUUUACAUGUCGCUGAGUGAUUCUGGUAAUGUGGCUACCAAAUAAAACUUCUACAAAUAAACAUUCUCUUGCAAAGUAACUGUAUAUUGCCGUUAAAGCAUGUUCACUGACAUUCUCAGAUAUUCCAUGAAAUGCAAAGAAAAAAAAAUCUGAAUUCAGAUCACUUGUUGUGAAGGGUGUUGACAUCCGUUCUGUGCAUUUGACGAAGAAACCUAUAAAGUGCAUGGUGACACUGUUUUGUAUCUUUUGAUAGACAAACUCCUUGUCCUGAUGCCUGGUUUAUGUAAGUGUGAGUUGUGUGUUUAUCUCUGUGCAUCUGCUGAGCUUGACCGUCUUGAGUUGAGGAAAUGAAAAUUUUGUGAAAUUUGAUUGUGCCUACGGUGUAACAGCGUCAUUGAACUCCACAGCUGGGUCACAAACAUUACGUGUUGCCGCUGUCGUCCAGCAUGUGCUUUUUUUAAAUCAGAAAAUGUUUCGUUUUUACUGUAAGAUCCCUGAACUCCUCUGUAACGGUUUGGUUUAGAUGUGAGUUACACCACAGUACCUUGUUGGGUCUCAGCAUUGCGGCAACAAUAUCUAUGUCGUAACUUGACUCCCGUCAUAAAUAAUGCGUGUGUUUGCAUUGCAGAAUCCAGAAAUCUGUUCUUCCGCUUGUCUCCCUGCAGUCUGUUUCUCAUUUGCCACUGGAAGCCAUGAAGUGUGGUCGAAACUCGGAUAUCUUGGAAAUACCUGUGGCUUGGAUGUUCAGUUUGCAGACAACGUCCAUAUACUGUUCCUCGCUUACAGAGCAUUAAAUGUACACUUCUGUUCCAGAAAGCAUCCAGUUGACCACAGCUUUAGCUGCUUGCUCAGAUGGGAACUGGAAAAGUUAAACUUGUUCGACGUGGCGUUUAGAUGUUUUUAGCUGAGAUGUCGUGGAUUUUAACUGCAUGUUUUUUUUUCUAGUGAGAAGUAAAAACUGAUUUUUGCUUGCUAGAGUUGGUCAGGGUCAGAAUCAUUCCUCAGUCAGACAGUCAGGCAAAAAUUAAGAGUUUAUGGGGCCUUGCAAAGAUAUAUUUACACCACCUUAAUGUUACAGCCUCAACUUUAAGUGUAUUUUAUUGGGAUUUACAUGAUGAACAAACAUAAAGUCAUGCAUAAGUAAGUUUUAAUAAAAAAUCUCAAAAGUAUGGCAUCCUUUUGUAGUCAUCUCCCUAUACUUUCUAUCCCAGGAUACAAUUCCAACAAAUUGCCUUUAGAAGUCAUCUAUUUAGAAAAAAAUUGUUCAAAGACAGUCUUAAGAAUUCAUGUUUGCUUUUUGCCAAAUGUCAUGUAGAAGAUGCAGAAAACAUUUGGUUGAGGGUGAUCUGAUUUCAUGAUAUGAUCGAACUUUUUGCUCUUCAUGCAAAAUGUGAUUUGUACCAGAACCUUGAAAACAUAAUCUCCAUUUUUUUAUCAGCAGGGACAAGAAAGCUGGUCAGAGUUGAUGUAAAGAUGAAUGGAGCUAUACACAGAUAAUUUAUGGAAGAAAACCUGUUAGAGGCUCCUAUAGAGUUGAGGCUGGGGAGGAGGUUCAUCUUCCAGCAGGACAACAACCAAAAACCUGCAGCCAGAGCUAGAAUGGAAUGGGAAGAAAUUUCUUUGGGAAGAUGUUCAAACUGGAUAGAGACAUACCACCAAAGACUAGCAGCUGUUAUUGGAUUCUACAAAGUAUUGACUUGGGAGCGGCUAAUAUAUAAAUGCUCGCAUUUCAGAUUUUUAUUUGUAAUUAUAUUCCUUCCACUUUGUGCUAAUUUGUGUUGGUCUGACAAAUCAAUUCCCAAUAAAAUACAGUAAACUUAAGGUUGUUAAAAUACAAAAUGUGAAAAAAGGGGUAAAGGGUAUGACUACUUUAGCAAGGCACUGUAUUAAUGUGAGGGUUGAGCAGCUCCGACUGAUCUUAACCAGUGUUAUAAACUGUAAGCAGGAGUUUAACACCUGAAGGUAAGGAUUGUCAUUACCCUGUGUGCAUUGUACUGCAUUUUACAAGAUUUAUUUGAUUGUUCUUGUAUGUCUUUUUUUAUUGAUCUAUUUUUACAAUUUUUCUUUUGCACUAUCAACCCAAGUUUCCAUUUUCUCACACUCAAGACAGACAAUGUAACGUCCACAUUUCUCAGGUGUCCACUGAAUGUUUGCAGAUGAUCAGAUUUUUAUCAUUUUUUAUAAGAUACUUUUUUUCCUUGUUUUUCUUUUAGAAAUAUAUUGUUGCGCUGCAGUGCUCUUUGCAUGACUUAAAUGCACACUAACAGUAGAAAGCUGGUUAAUUUUUUUAUUUCAACUCAGUUUUUUUCACAGCUGUCGUUAGCUUUGUGGAGUAGCUCAGAUAUGUCCUCUUUCUUUGGAGAUCCUGAGGUUGUUGGUUGAAACCUUUUGAUACUUUAAGGUCAUGUUUAGUCCAAUGUUUCGCUGUUUUAUCAACAUCAACUAGUUUUUAAAUAGUAUCUUCCCUGCUAUGUGAACACUAAAAAUCUAUGCAUGUUGUUAUCCUUGAGUGCUACUUUUCUUUUAGGCAGAAGCAGACGCAAAUGCACUGGUACAUUCGUACUGUAGAGUAUGCAUGUCUUUAACAGCUGUUUUUAGCAGAGCCAAUGUCUGUAGAGUUAUUAAACAUAUCACCUCUAUUUUUUCAGUGUUGUUCAUUUUUGGAGUUGCGUCAAGAUUUUAUAUUGAAGGAAUAUUUUCUAAGUCAUAGCUUUGGACUCCGCACUGUUUAACGUCAUUCGUCCGGGAAAUUCAAGGAGAUUCAGAUGUGAAUUGUCAAAGUUUCUCUGCUUGGACGCCCAUUCGGGAAUUAUAAAGAUGUUAACCCACGAACAGCUCAAGUACUUAACUUAAAGGCAAACAAGGGGGAUGUUAGGAAUUAAUAACAUGACCUUGGAUGACCCUGUAACUAAUCAUCUUUAAAUGGAUCUUCAUCAGUUCACCUUCUCACCCUUAUAAAUGCUGCACAGCUGUGGAAAGGCGCUUCUCCAGCCUUCUUCCUUCGGCAAUAGCACAACAUGGGUGUUGUAUAAUAAGUAAUAAUGGCAUGACCUUGCACAUGUCUGAAAACAUAGCAGUCUAGAGGGGGAUUAAGCUUCAUGUGGUGUGGUAUGCCUCCUAAUAAGAUUAUGCUUGAGCAAUGAUGUAGUCGAUGUGGAAGCACAGUGGCGUCAGCUCAUAGAUUUAACUAUAGUAGGAUGAUAUGACUGUAUCGAUAGCAUUGUUUACUUCAUUCCUGUUUACAUGUACAAACAUUGAAAUGUAUUAAAAUUGUGUAAAAUACUUUGGAUAUCACCCUUUUCUGUAAUAAAUCAUGGAUUGUAACUUUUAAAUUAAAUCUGAGCUCUUUGUUUGUUUUUCUGUUUGAAAAUGCAUAAAGUGAAAGAAAUGGA